AUGUUUUCUAAUUACCUUACUCACCAGCCUAUUGAAGACGACAAGUCGUUGAAGUUUGACUUUCCUGACGAAGACAUUAAGGUAGUAAAAGAUUUUGAAAUCCCAAGACCCGACGAAGGACCUAAACCAGGAUCUCGAUGGAAGCUCAUGUUUAAUGGUUCUUCCAAUUACAUGGAGAAUGGUGUAGGAGUUAUUAUGUUGAAUCUGAAUGGUGGAUAUACUCCUUUCACAUCAAGUUUGUGUUUUGAUUGCACAAACAAUAUAGUAGAAUAUGAAGAGUACAUCCUAGGCAUAGAAGAAACAAUUGACCUCGGAAUCAAAAUCCUUGAAGUAUGUGGAGAUUCAACUCUAGCGAUCUACCAAGUCAAAGGCAAAUGGGAAACUUGUGAUACCAAAUAUGUCCUAUAUUGUGACUAUGUCAUGAAGUUGAUAAAAUACUUUGACGAAAUCACUUUUUGUCAUAUCCCAAGGACUGAGAGUCAAGUAGCUGAUGCUCUAGCUAUGUUGGCUUCAAUGUACCAAAUUUGA